GCUUGUAGCCAUGCCUUGUUGUUGCAGUCUACCUUGCUUGCUGACCGUCAGCAGUCGAUGGAAGCAUAGUUCACUGGACCAGCAGUCUUUUGUGGAACCAAUGGAAGUGUCAGCAGCCAGGAGGGUCUCAUUCAAAGCCAAGGGGAACACACCAUCUGGCUCCGGUACCCUUACCGGUACCGGUACAUACGGUACGUUGGUUGGCGCUGUUCGCCAUGGCCUCUUCGUGAAGCCUAGUAGUACGUACAGUACCUUGCGAUCUCUAAAGUGUUGGAAAAGGAGAAGGAGGUGCGUCAGUCAGUCGUCCUUCUUUUCUAUACAAUUGGAGAUACUAGUACCGGUACGUCAUCGCAUCUGGCUUCUUUUACUCGAGUGCUCGAGUGUCAUACGGUACGACUGUACCGGUGGUACAUAAUCCAUGAAGCUAUGUCAUGUCAUGGCCUUCGUGCUUCUUUUCCCAAUUCCCAAAGCUGCACAGAAAAGUGGUACCGGUACCGUAGCAUCAACCUCUUUUGCAUCCAAAAUCCAAAGUUAGAUCUAGUCUACUCUAGCAAGUACUUGUCCGGCUUCUCCAUAGAUCAAGUCCAUUUCUUGGAUUCUACCCCAAGUCUAUGCAUAAAAGCAAAGCCAACCAAAAUUAAUAAAGAUGUCUACUUCUACUGCUAGUACUACCAAUGACAAUGACAAUGAAAAUCAAGAUCAAGAGGAUAAGAAGAAGGUGUUUGUGUUCAACUUUCCUCCAGUACCUCAUGUGUACAGCAUUUGUCCAUUUGGUUUGAAACUGGAGAGUUUCUGUCGAAUCAACGAAAUUCCGCACGAGACGAUUUGGACAACGAAUGUGAGUAAGUACGGUACGUUGCCGUACUGUCGCUUUGGUGACAAGGAGACGGGCGAAGAGAUUCCCGAUUCCAAUCUGAGCUUGGAUCGUCUGAAGCAAGAGUUCCGUGUGAGCGAAGAUGCGGUGACUGUCAGUGCAGCCGAUCGAGCAUUGACGCAUCUGAUUGUGCGCAUGUUGGAAGAACACACGGCCCAAAUUGGCUUUUACUAUCGGUAUGGAUUGGAAGUGCCAAAGUUUGUGGAAUCGUUGGAGAUUGAAGAUCGAUUUUGUCGUCCUGUGUAUGCACAGGGAUUUCUACACGGUCUUCCAGACGCCAUCAAGGACAAGGCACUCAAGAGAGGCAUUGCCAGACAUCCUGAAGAGACCAUUUGGAAGUUUUCUUUUGAUGACCUUCAGGCACUUUCGGAUCUACUGGGCGACGACAAGACGUACUUUUUAGGUGGAGAGUCUCCCACUCUGGCCGAUUGCGCCGUCUUUGGCCACUUGGCUCAGUUUCUGUGGAUCCCCAUGGACUUUCCCCAGAAGCAGUACCUGAAGGAACAUUGUCCCAAUCUGGUGCAGUUUAUGGAACACUUUCGAGCUAGAGUUUGGCCCGAUUGGGAGGAACUCUGCAACACCAAGCACAAUGACAAGUAUGCGCAUGCUGAUGCUGAUGCUGAUACUAUUAAUAAUAAUACCAAAGGAGAAAACGACUUCAAGUUGAAGGCAGACAAGAAAGGUGGAGAAGAAAAGAAGGACGAACGGACUGAGGGAUUGGAUAAAUAGUAAGUAUGAUACCGAGUUAGACUAGCAAGUUAGCAAUAGAUUUUUGUAGACUGAGCAAUGC